UUCCAGCCCGGACUCCCUCCCACUCCCCGAACCGGACGACGUUACGUCCCAACGCGAACCCACCACCACGUCGAAUGGACUCCUAGCUCUUACCGGAAGGAGAAGAAGAAGAAGAAGAAGAAGAAGAAGAAGAAGAAGAAGCAGCAGCAGCGGCUGAACUUGUCUCUUAUCCGUGUCGGAUAAGUUUGUUUUUUCUUCUUCUUCUUCGACCCCCCCCCCCCCCCCGAGUUACGGCCCCGCGGCGGGGCAGGACAGCCGGGGCAGACCGGGGGAGGAGGAGGAGGAGGAGCGGGCGAAGGGGGCGAAAGGAGACCGUAGGAUGUGGAUCUGGUACCUUCUGCUUGGUUCGGGGUCCGGCUCGAGAACAGUUGAGAGCCAGCUUCUCCCGGGGAACAACUUCACCACGGAGUGCAACAUCCCGGGAAACUUCAUGUGCGGCGACGGGAAGUGUGUCCCGGGUGGGUGGCAGUGUGAUGGAUUCCCCGACUGCUUUGACAUGAGCGACGAGAAAGGCUGCCCUAAGGUCAAGUCAAAGUGUGCUCCGACCUUCUUUGCCUGCGCCAACGGCGUCCAUUGCAUCAUCGGACGCUUCCGCUGUAACGGCUUCAGCGACUGUCCUGACGGAAGUGACGAGGAGAACUGCACCGGCAACCCGUUGGUGUGCUCGGAGGCUCGCUUCAAGUGUCGAAAUGGCCACUGUGUAGACCGCAGCUUCCUGUGUAACGGCCAGGACAACUGCCAGGACAACAGCGACGAAGAGCGCUGCCUGACUACGGCAGAAGCCCCGGGGCAGGACUUUGUGACACUGGACUAUCGCAUGCGCUACCACCCGAGCAUCACCUACGCCGUCAUCGGCAGUGCCGUUAUCUUCGUCCUGGUGGUGGCGUUGCUGGCGCUGGUGCUCCAUCACCAGAGGAAGCGGAGCGUCCUGCUGCCCAGAGGUGUAAGAGGAAGCACGCACCACCACCACCACCACCACCAGCCCCUGCUGCUCUCCCGUCUGGUCAUUUUGGACCGGGGCCACGGCCACGCCGGCGGUCCCGGUCUCUCCCCCGGGUCGCCCAGCGGGGGGGUCCAGUACAACUCAACUCCUCAAACACUGCAGCUGCUCUCUGGGAGCCUUUAUCCCUCCGGACUCUCCGUGGACUCCCCUCCGUCAUACGCACAAGCUGUUCUGGAUGUCAGUCGGCCUCCCUGGUUUGAUCUCCCUCCUCCUCCAUACCUCUCCGACGCGGAGCUUCCAUCAGAGGGCGAGCUCCCUCAAUAUGAGGGCCCACAAGACCCUUUGAGCUACACCAGAGCGCAACCCGCAGCCCCCUCCACACCCAGAACUGAAGCCUCGGCCCCGGAGCAGAGCUCCAGCUGCAGGGACGAGUCGGACCAGCUGUAGCGUCGCUCUGUCAGAAAGAGACUGAAGGACUGAAGGACCAGGCUACAGGGCCACGAGGCCACGAGGCCAGGACAGCCCGCAGAAAAGACCUGACAAAGCCACCAGGACUAAGAAAACUAUCUCUGAUAGUGUCCUUCGCUGCUCCAGCUCAUCGUGCUGGACUGAUCUUCUGCGUUGGCUCCCCCUUGUGGGGGCUCGGCUGCACUGCAUCAACAUUAGUUCGACAUUGAGUCGAUGCUUCCUAUUUGACAUCUAUGGUGUUUUCCAUCGUGGGAUGUUGGUUGCGUUCAUAAUUAGGUCUAAAAAUGAUGUACUGUUGAGAAAUACGGGCUAUAUUUGAUGAUUUUCAAUCAUUUAGCGACAUGUUGAAGCCUUGUUCUUAUAAAAGUUGAUUCCAUGGUCAGAGUAAAUCUAAAGCAAUCGAAUGCAGUAGUGUGUUUUGAUUUCUCAUUUCUCAACAGUUAGAAUCUUUUUUUUUCCAGUGUUGAUGUGAACAGCGACCCGAUAAUAUUGCUACAGUGGACUUGUAGUAAACAAAUAGUUACUUAGUUUUUUCAAAGUUAUUUUGAAAGAUAUAAGAAAUAUUUCUAGAUGAGAAGUGGAAGUCUUUUUUAUAAAAAAAACUACAAAUUCAGCAAUUCUGUACGCCAUUAAUGUUGAAAUAAUGUAGAAAUUAUGUGUAUAUGUAUGUGUAUAUAUACAUAGAUAUCUGUAUAUAUAUAGUAAGUUACAUCAUUCCUCUGAGCAGAGAUUCACGUGUCUUUUUCAGCACUAGCUAGCUAUUCCAUUUCAGUUUGAAGACCAAUUAUGUUUUUAUGGAGACACAAAAACAAAUGUAAAAACUAUUUUGUUGAUUGGUUUAUUGUGAGCCAUUUUGGCCCCAUCGUCACUUUGUAUGGGAUUUCUUUUGGGGCACAGAUUUCGAACAUUUAAAGACAGUAGCAUGGUAAGCUCACAUGACAACAUUCAUUUUAAGAAUAUCGUCUCUUUAAUAAGGUGAAUUUUGCUCUUUUUUUUAUGUCAAUGAGUCAUUUUGGUAAAUCAUCUUGUCUGAUGACGGUAUUAGACAAUGACCAUCAAAGCAUAUCUGAAGGAUCUGUGUUUAUAAAUCUGAUGUCAUCUUCAAACCUUUUUGAGUGUUCAACACUGUAAACAGGAGGUGAGAGAAGUAUAAAAAUCUAUUUAAAAGUCUUUACAGUGAGACACGUGUAAUGUCCCCUUGUUUCGGAUCUUUCUGUUCCUUCAGAGCCAGAUGUAAAUAAUAAACCAAAAGCUAAUCAUCAUUAUUAACAUUCACAUGGUACCCUCCAAAGGAACCAUCAUGCGUCCCACCAACUGCCUGUAUCUUUAUUAAAUUAAAAUGCAUGUCAUCUGAUGUAGUACUGGAAGCAUUUCUCAGGACAACGUUUAUUUUGUUCCGUUUUUCAUAUAAAGAUAUUGUCUUGUUUUGUCUAGUUUUGUUUUAGAGGACGUUGAAGAAAAAAUCCUUCUUUCUGAAUUUAUAUCAUGCGGUCGGCUUUUUUCACAUUUGUUCACCCAUCAUGAUCUUUUCAUCCCUGAUUUUCUGUAUAUUGAAGUAAUAUAAAAUGCUGAUUUGU